AUGGCUUCGACGGAGAGUCUGGGGCUCCAGUACGGCAGCGUGGACACGCACGAGCGAAUGCCCAUAACCGACUUUCUUUCAGGAUAUGACGAGAACAUCGAACAACUGUGGAUGCCUUCGGAUGCACCCAAAACCUAUGAUCCUGUCGCUCAAGGGCUCGCUUACCAUCAGGGCAUGCACCAUUACCCAACCAUGGCGCGCAACGCCAACAGCAACUACCGCCACCAAGCUGCUUACCUACCAGAGUCUGCGACAAACCCAUGCCUGUCGCGGCCAAUAUUCCACCAACACGAGCGCGUCCCUAGUUCACUGACUUCCUCGAUGUCCAUCAGCAGUAUGAUGCCGUGGAUGCCGCUUGGGGACUCAAUCGCGCCGCAAACCAUUGCACCAUCACAAGUUGGCCCAGUUACUCCGCCACCAUCAUACACAGACUUUUCGACGUCUCUUAGUGCAUUCAAACAACACAGCCCCACCACCCCAAUCCGGUCUUGUUCCCUCGGUACAGGGUCCGGUGCCAAUACCCCAAUGAGCCGGCUUUCAGGUGGACCCUGCGAAUAUAUGGAUGAUUUCCAACCUUCGCCAGUUUACCGGGACGGGUUCCAGAGGCCCCACCGCGUGGCUUCAAGGAAGAUGCUCCGACGACAGACAUCCAAGCAGAACUUAAUGCUGGAGAACCUCCCACAGGUCAUCAAGCAGGUACAGUUCAAAUGCAAAGAGCCUGGAUGCAAUGGUCGGUUCAAGAGGCAAGAGCACUUGAAGAGGCAUAUGAAGAGUCAUUCGAAAGAGAAGCCCCAUGUAUGUUGGGUGCCCGGGUGCCACCGUGCGUUCUCACGGAGCGACAACCUCAACGCCCAUUAUACGAAGACCCAUAGCAAACGCGGUGGUCGCAACCGAUACGUCGCCACACUGGAUGAGAACAGCCCCGACUACGAUCCUGACUUCCGCGGGCAGCUGACGCCGGACGGGCGUCCCAUCUACGGGUCGAAGCUGGACGACCCCGUCCCGGGCGCAGGCGACAUGAGCCUCGACGGGUGGGAAGAGUGA